UCUCCUCGAGUUCCCCUCCUCCGUAGAAACCGUGUCCCCCUCUCCCUCCCCUUCUCCGAUCGACAGCAAUCGCGGCGGUCAAAAGCUUCUCCAGCGACGACCCCUCCAACCCCCCACCGUGUCUUCUUCCCCCCUCCUCCCGUAAUCUCCGAGAAGGAGCACCGGAGCAGCCUCUGCUUGUUGUCGUCGCCAAGCUGAAUCGCCACGGAUCUCGAGACGGCGGCGGGGAAGUGGAGGGGCCCAUGAGCCUCGCCGGGUCCGCCCUGGAGGCGGCCCUGCAGGCGGUGGGGCGCGGCCUCGACGCCGCCGGCGACCACCGCCUGCUCUACUGCAAGGGCGCCGGCAGGCUCGUCGCGCUCGACGAGGCCCGCGCGCGGGACUUGACCCUCGCCGGCGGCCUGCUCUGCGGCGUGCCCCCUGACGUCGAGGUCGAGGCCUACCGCGGGAGCCCUGAGCGCAGCCGCCCGGUCUCCCCUGGCGGUCCCCUCGACGAGCCCUUCGUCUGUAGCUUCCACAAGAUGGCCGAACAUUUCAACCGGAAGGCGGGCCUGCUGGAAACAGUACCGCUGGGCUCCUUCAACUCGCUCUUCAGCUUCACAGGUUCUUGGAAGAACGACGCGGCCGCGACAAAGUCCCUCGCCAUCGACGGCUAUUCCGUGCCGCUGUAUAGAGUUAAAAUAGCUAACGAUGAACUGACCCUGCAAGAGAGUGUAAAGCUCGCGAUUCCGUAUACUUGGGAUCCAUCAGCAUUGGCUAGCUUUGUUGAGAACUACGGCACGCAUAUUAUUACUUCUGUAAUGGUUGGUGGUAAGGAUGAAGUAUACAUAAAGCAGCACUCCUCGUCCCAAUUGUCUGAAUUGGAGUUUAGAAAUUAUGUGAGGGAAAUUGGGAAUGAAAGAUUCUCGGGUGCGGAAAGCAAGUCAAAUGAACCCCCCAUCAAUUAUAGUGAGAAGGAUAUGACAGUAAUCUUCAGAAGGAGGGGAGGUUGCGAUCUUGUUCAAAGUUCUAUUGAAUGGAUAAAAACUGUUCCCUCAGCACCAGAUGUCAUAGGCAUGACAUUUCUCCCUAUUGUUUCCCUUGUUGAUGAUGUACCUGGGAAGAAGCACAUUGCUCGUGCAAUUGAUCUAUACUUGACAUACAAACCUCCGGUUGAAGAGUUACAAUACUUCUUAGAUUUCCAAGUUCAACUAGUUUGGGCUCCAGUACCACCGGGUAUUGCUGGUCAAAACAGAAAGGAGCCUGUGUGCCCGUCACUUCAGUUCAGCUUGAUGGGUCCAAAGCUCUUUGUUAGCACAGAACAGAUAUCUGUUGGGCGUAGACCAGUCACUGGCCUCAGGCUGUGCUUGGAAGGAACAAAACAAAACCGUUUGACUAUUCAUUUGCAGCACCUUGGUUCCUUGCCAAAAAUAUUUGUACCUCAUUGGGAUGCGCAUAUCACGAUUGGGCCACCGAAAUGGCAAGGGCCGGAAGAGCAGGAUAGCCGAUGGUUUGAACCAAUCAAGUGGAAGAAUUUUGCUCAUGUCAGCACUGCGCCCAUAGAGUACACCGAAACAAAUAUCACAGACCUGUCUGGCGUUUAUAUUGUCACGGGUGCACAGUUGGGAGUGUGGGAUUUUGGUGCAAAGAGUGUGCUACACCUUAAACUGUUGUUCUCCAGAGUUCCUGGGUGCACAAUUAGGAGAUCAGUGUGGGAUCACAGUCCAAUUUCUUCGAUGCAAAGAACAGAUGAAUCUUCAUCAUCCUCAAGUGAUAAUUCUAAACUUCUGAAGAUUGUUGACAUGACAGAGACGCUGAAGGGCCCACAGGAUGCUCCUGGCCACUGGCUGGUCACAGGAGCAAAAUUAGGUGUGGAGAAGGGAAGGAUUAUUGUGCGUGCGAAGUACUCCUUAUUAAAUUAUUGACCAAAAUGUUGAGCAUUCAUUCAUUCACUCUGCUAUGAAGCACCGUGUUUAAAGAUAGCAUUUGUUCUUUUGUUCAUGUAAAAGGUACUGUUUGUAACAUGUUGUGGAUUCAGGGUUCUUGUGCUGGUGCUCUGAGCAAAGUAGCAUCCAGAUGUUUUUGUCCAGUUCAAAAAUAUUUCAUCUGGCCCCAGAUUUCUCUUUCUGGCAGUGAAAUUUCAUGUAUAUUAUGGAUUUUGCGUUAGUGUUU